AUGGGAUUAUCAACAAAUUCUUCAUUAAUAAAUGAAACUCUCUAUCAAUUUAUUAAAAGAUUACUUAAUGGAACAGAUUUAUAUAAUCAUCAAGUAGCUGAUUUAAUUGAACCAGAAAAAUAUUCUGUAACUAGUGUUCAUGUUGUUAUAUGGACAUUUACAAUUUUAACAUAUAUUAUUGCAAUUCCACUUAUUAUAAGAAUGUUUCAUUCACGAGCAUAUUUAAAUGUAAUUGACUAUUAUUCUACUCAAAUUAUUCUUUGUGCAUUUAUUGCAUGGAUUCCAGCUUUAAUUCUUCUUUUACAUCAUUGGUUUGAAAUAUUUACAGUACGUCUUUGUCGUUUUCAUUAUGUUAUAUUAUCAGCUAAUGAAGCAGUCCCACUUUUUUUUGUUCUUUAUAUGACUAUUGAACGUUUUCUUUACGCACAUCCAUCAUUACAACAUUAUUGUCCACGAUUUUCUUCAAUGUAUUUUUUACAUUUUUCGACUAUUGCAACUUGGCUUUCUAUUAUUCUUAUUUAUACACUCGCUUCACCAUUUUAUCAAAAUAACUCAAGAGUGAUUUAUUCAACAUACACAACUAAAUACUGUUUAUAUAAUUAUUCAAAAUUAUACAUGCUUGCAACAGCUCGUUCAAUUCUAUAUUUUAUUCUAUUUAUUCCAGCAUUAAUAGCAAUUGGUUUUGUUUUACGUUAUUUUUAUAUUAUGCGUGGUACAAAUCAAAUUCGUCCCAUAGAAAAACUAUGGACAAUACGUGUAACAUCAUUACUUUGUAUACUUAUUUUUUAUGAUAUUUACUUGUAUUAUCUUGAACAUAUAGCUGAAACAUUUAAAUCAUUUUUAUUAGCAUCACUAUUACGUGCUAGUUUUUAUUUAACACAAAUAUUUAUAAUUGCUUGCACAGAACCUUAUUGGCUUGAAUUAUUACUUGAACAAUGUGCAUGUGUAUGUUGCUUAAUAAUAGGUCGAAGACGAAAAACUACAACACCAAUAGCUAUAACAACUGAAACUGAAUUUCAUACUAUGCCACAUUCAUCAUCAAUAGGACAUUAUUCACUUGUUGAUGACAAUAUUGAUGAUGAAUUUGAUCGAGCUUUAAAUGAACCACAACCGACAUUACGUAUUAUUACAUAA